AUGGAUGCUAAUAUACACCAUUUUGAGCUCUCUCCUGAUCCUCUCACAACAACUGGUUCCACUUCCAAUGAAUCGGUAGAUUUUCCUGUUGAUUCUGAUUCAAUGAAUAUUGAUGAAUAUUCACCUCUUGAUUUUGAGGAGUUUGUGCUCAUUUGGAGGGACCAAAAUGGGUUUUCAAAAGGUCUCGAGGAAAGUUGUUCUUUUCAACCAUAUUCUAGUGAAGGAGAGCUGACAGAAAAAUGCAGCCCUAGCCUAUCCACUAUUUCGAGUGCUGGUGCAAUAUCAAUAUCAACCAUGGAUGCUUCUUUGAUCCAGCAACCGCUAACCUCGCCAACAGGAGACAUGGAGAUUGAUAAUCAACUUAGUGUGCAUCAUCUAGUCAAGGCUUACAAAGAAGCCAUGGAGAACAAAGAGGCAGAACUUGCAGAAGUGAUCGCGAGAAGAAUUAGCAAGAAAGUUGGUCCCACGGGGGAGAUAGAGGAGCGCCUUUUGUAUUAUUCAUUUCAACCCGUAGACAAGGAAACAGAUUAUCUUAUGCAAGAAUCUGCUAAGAACUUUGAUAGGGCUUUGGAGGCAUUCUAUAAGAUUUUCCCCCAAGGGAUGAUUUCUCAUUUCACAGCUAACUCGGUCAUUCUUGAGGCCAAGCCUCGUGAUGCUGAGGUUCUACACAUAAUAGACUUUGAUAUGGGAGAAGGGAUGCAGUGGUCUUCAAUGAUCAUGGCUCUUGGUCGAAAACAAAAGGAGCUACAAGCACAACAAUACUAUGGUCAUAUUCCACACUACACGACCCUAAAAAUCACAGCAAUCAAGUGGAAAGACGAAGGUUCCGGUCAUCAUGCACCUUCAUGGAGAAAGUUCGAGGAGACAAAAAGGAGGCUACAUGAUUGUGAAAACCCCUUUGGUUUAAUAUUGGAAGUGGAAGGGGUGGAGCUACAAGAUUGGGCGAGGAAGAUAAAGGGCAAGAGAAAAGGUGGAGAAAGGAGAGAAUGGCUGUCCUUCAAUUGUAUGUGGGCUCUUUCCCAAAUGGGGAGAAAGAGGAGUAGAAGGCAUGUAGUGGACUUCGUUAGGACGGCCAAGGAAAUAUUAACCAGCAUUUCUGUCUACAGCUAUACUAGUAAUGGAGGUAUAUUAACAUUUGGUGAUGGAGGAGCAUGGGAAUUAUUCAAAGACUGUCCUGGUUUUGGAUUUUUCUUUGACAAUUGUAUGGAACAUUAUCAAGCCCUGCUGGAAUCAAUCGAAUGGAAGCCGCCCAGUUGCUUUAUAGAGGCAAGAAUAGCUAUGGAAUGCCUCUUUGUUGCACCUUAUGCCUCUUCUAGGGCUUGGAUACAAGAGUGGGAGGAAAGAGAACAAUGUUGCGAUUUUAAGACAGGAUUUGGGCUUGAAGGGUUGCGACUAAGCAACGAGAGUUUAUUGGAAGCAAAAGAAAUGGUGAGAGAAGGAGAGGUCCCAUAUGCAGUGAGGAUUGAAGGAGAUAAUUACAAUGAGAUGGUCUUGGAAUUUAGAGGAACUCAAUUGAUCAAAAUCUCUGCCUGGAAGUUAUGA